GCUCGGCAGAGCGUCGCUCGAGGAGGUGACCGACCAGCAAAAGCAAGGCACCCCACAGCCUGCAAACCCUCGAGCGCAACGCUCGCCUACAAAUACGCUCCAGACCCGGGCCGUGUCCUCCAUCCCAAAGACUUUUUUAUACAUCCGGUGUGUUGCGGAAGUAGGGACAGCGCAAUCGGCAGUAGAGCUCAUUGCUUUGCAGGCUAGCAGUUGCAGCAGCCAUGGCGGCGAGGUUCUGCGGUCUGGGGCUCGCCAGCUGCUUCGCCCUCCUCGUCGCGACCGCCGGCGCGACGCAGUACAAGGUCGGCGGCGACAAUGGCUGGGCCGUGCCGGACGCCGCCGACGAGUCCUUCAACACCUGGGCGGAGAAGACCGGCUUCCAGAUCGGUGACCAGCUCUUGUUCGUGUACCCCAAGGACAAGGACUCGGUGCUGCUCGUGGAGCCGGCCGACUACAACGCCUGCAACACCUCCUCCUACGACAAGCGCUUCGACGACGGCAGCACCUCCUUCACGCUCGACCGCGCCGGCGCCUUCUUCUUCAUCAGCGGCGUCGAGGACAACUGCCGCGCCAACGAGAAGCUCAUUGUCAUGGUCGCCGGCGGCGGGCCGGCGCCGGCCCCGCAGGGGGGCUCGUCCUCGCCGACGCCGGCCGCGCCGGCUCCCUCGAGCGGCGGCGGUGCUGCCAAGGCGCCACCUUCCUCCUCCUCGCCCAACGCGCCGGCGGCCAAGAACUCCACGGCCAAGGGCGCGCCUCAUGCCGGCGGCGGCGGUGACAAAAACGGCGCCGCCGGCCUCAGCGUCGCUGGUUUCCUCGCCUCGUUUGUUGGCUGCGUUGCCUACGCCACGCUUGCUUUCUAAAACCCAGUGGAUGCAGUGACUUUCAUCGUGUAAGUGUGUAACCGUGUCCGUGUGUGUGCGUGAGCAAACUGUAUCUUUCGUGUCCGUUCUACGAUCCGGCAGAAAACAAAUGCUGGAUCAAAAUCUGAUUAUAAUGUUAACAGCAUUGCAGCGUCA